UGGGUGGGGUGUUAGUAUUCCUAUAUUCAUUACCCAGAGCAUGGGUACCUGUGCCAAACCUGGAUGUCAUUUCCGGCCUACACUGGGCAGAUUUUAAAGGUUUCAAGUGUGGACUGGUUAGAGUUGUCACCAACAGGUGCUCCUGGGGCUCUGCGGGUGCCAACCAGGUGCCGCGCUUUGCUUCUAUUUCCUGUCUCCCUGGUUGGACUCGGGGAGGGAGGGGGUAUGCUGCGGGUUGCAUUCCUGCGUCUCUGUCACACAGUUGCUGCUGGCACCAUGUCUGGAGUGCCUACGGUCUCGUUAUCUGAACUACGGUCACUCCUAGCCUCAGGCAGGGCCCGGCUCUUCGAUGUUCGAUCUCGGGAGGAGGCAGAAGCUGUGUCUGAGUUGGAAAGCGCCUUGACCAUGGACCCAGCUGCUUUCCGAGCUUUGUACAGUGCUGAGAAGCCAAAGCUUGAAGACAAGAAUCUCGUUUUCUUCUGUCAGCUGGGCAAGCGAGGCUCCCAGGCCACACAGCUGGCACAAGGUCUUGGAUACACAGGGGCUCGACACUAUGCUGGGGCCUAUAAGGAAUGGCUGGAGAAAGAGGGCUAGGUAGAAGGCUUAGGGGUCGUGACCCUUCUCAUAACCACCUUGCAGGGUUGCACAAGCCCUUAUAGUGUUUUGUACAUGAAAAACUCAAAUAAAGAACAUUUAAUCAAGUA